CGGCGCAACGCAGCGACCAACGAAGAGGAGAACAACGCACGCAGUGCAUUUGCCAGCGGUUUGGUGUGUGCUUGUGCGUGCUUGUGCGUGCCGUGUUGCUGCCUGACUUGCGUGUCACAUCACUGUCGUCAUGGACGGGAACAGCAGUGGCGAUUCUCCGGCGGUGGACGUGGAGCACCAUGUGCAGCACGCCAACGUGGGAGAAACAAGUCGUCCUGACAACACAGGAGGUGAGGGAGGGAUGUCCGACAAGAUGUCCUUUGCCCCCGCAAACCCAAUGCGCAAGACCAAACUUUGCAAGGCAUUCACUGAGACAGGGAACUGCGAGUUUGGCGACGAGUGUUGGUUUGCACACGGCGAAAACGAACUUCGCAAGCCAGGGCCCCUGCACCCGCGCCAGCGCAUGUGCAAAUUCGUCCUCAUGCGACGCCCGUGCCCAUAUGGCCUCGAGUGCUACUUUGCUCACUCGGCCGAAGAACAUGAGGGCUGCACUCAAGGAGCCCACGGCGACGCCGCCGCCCCGCAAACCGGGGCCACGCCCCCCGUUUGGAUUUCCGUUCCGCGGACCCGCCCCCAUGCGACCAGGGCGGCCUCCGUUUGGCGGCUCGCGCUACCGGCCCCCAAUCCCGCGCCGGCCCAUUUGCCCGCAGGCAUUCCGCGGCCGCCCGCCCUUCCCUCCUGGUGGCCGAGGAUAUCCGCGUGCACCCAUGCCUGGCGCCAUGCACCCGGCUGCCCCGCAGGCCACGGCCCCACAUGCGCGUGCAGGUGGCAUGACGCAAGCAGGCGACGUGGCCGGCUUUGCACGCAUGCAGGGCGGAUAUGCAGCUGUUGGGUACGGGCAACACGCCACAGCGGCAGAUGCGCAGCUGCAGCAUGGCGGGGCGCAUCAUCCCCAGCACCAGCACCAGCACCAACUGCACCAGCAGGGUUUGCAGCAACAACAACAACAACACCACCAGCAGCACCAGCAGCAGGCGUUUGGCAUGACAGCCCACACGACGCCGGCCGCUGUUCAGUCUGCAGCGACGCUUGCGCAGUUCACGCACCACCCGUCGCCGGCCCAGCAGAGCAUGCACGCCCACCAGCAGCAUCAGCAUCAGCACCAACAGCAGCACGCGCAACAGCAGCAGCACCAGCACCAGCACCAGCAGCACCAACAGCAGCAGCAGCAGCAGCAGGUGCCCUCUGCCGCGUAUUACGACCAGUACUUUUUCGCGGGCGCAUACACGCAGCAGGGCGUGGCCCAGUCGCCUGUUCCUGCGCUCUCCCCAGUGACUGCGCCGGCACCGCAGGCGUUUGGCGGGUUUGCAGCGCAGCAGCUGCAGGCCUCACCAAUGCCGCAGACGACCAACGCACAGGCAACAGGCGCCUACUUCCACUUCCAGGCCGAGCACAUGCAAUAGUAGCCCGCUGUGUGUGCGUGUGUGUGCGUGUGCGUGUGUGUGUGUGUGUGUGUGUGUGCGUGUGUGCGUGUGUGCGUGUGUGCGUAUGCGUGUGUGUGUGUGUGUGUGUUCGUUCAUGUCUGUCUGUGUGUCUCUGUGUCUUUGCCUGCCCACUCGUGUCUCUGCCUGUCCACUCGUGUCCCUGCCUGC